AUGCCUAAGAACAGGAAAUCAUCGAGAGACGAAGAAGGAGGACCAGGUACACCGAGGCUGGAAAAAUCUAAAUCAAAUAUUUCUGCCAAAGCCGACCAGAAUGUUAGAGUUCUUAAAGAUGUCCAAGACCCCCCAAUGAAGAAAAUAGGAUCAAGACUUCGGCGUAACUUGGAGAGGGUAGAAAUGUUGGCUCGCCCAAACUCUCGUCGUCUUCGUUCUCUGUGGGAUGAGAAAUGUGCUAUUCUACCUCCAGAACGCAGGGAUAAAAUUAAGAGCGCUUUAGAAGAAGACUAUUUUUUGAGCCCGGAACAGACAGAGCAAUAUUUUCAAGCGCUAAGUGAAUCAUCUAAGAGGUGGUCAGGUCCGGGUGGAAUGGUUAGUCGACGGGAGCAAAAUGAGAGAGUGAAAGAGUUACGUCAGCGUCAGAAGUGGUUGAUUAAUUUUAGUGCCCAGGUGGCUUACCGUCUCUGUGAUUAUAUUGCUAAAGGACAAAAGGAAAUGUUGGUGUCGAAUAGAUUAAGGAGCAUAGCAGACGUUGUGUUGGAGAGAGUGGCCGAAAUAUUAGGUGAACCCAAACCCUCCCGUACCCACCCUGGAAGACUAGCACGUUUUAUGGUCGCUAUAUCCGAUCGCAUUGCUGUUUGGAUUGAAAAUGCCGUUUAUCGCGCGGAUGCCCUCGAACCAAAGGAGUCUGGCGGUGACGAACACAUGAGACUUGAUACCGAAAAAACAUUCUAUUAA